AGUGAUUAGGUUAGUUGUUAACCUGGUGGUGCCGGGCGGGGACAAUCGCUGCGAGACAAAAGGCAUGAACCGUAUGGCGGGGAUCUUUGAUGAUGGGUGUCGCCCUGACGACGGGUCUCGGCCCGAAACGUUGACUGCUCAUCUCAACGGAAGCUGCCCGUCCUGCUGAGUUCACCCAGCUUUUGUAGGUGUUGAGGCAGCGCCUCCUGUAGAUACUGCGGAUGGAGGGGACUGGUGUAUCGGGCAGAGUCCAAUACACUUCGCAAUUCCUCCUGUUCCCGCGUGUCCGAACUGCGGUACCAGACCGUGGUGCAACCAUCUGUGGAAAAGUUUGUUCGAGUGUCCCCAAAAGCACCAUCGACAUUCACCCUGACAUGACCGGUGGGCCAAGGGUAUUUAUCAGAAAUGUAAAACAGAAAGACACCGGUAGAAGGUGCGGAGGGCAAUGGGUGGAACAAGGGGAACUUCUUAUUUGGAUAGUAUGUCGCUAAUAUCGUAAAGUCUGUUUAAAUGUUGUAUACUCAGGCCUGAUUACGUAUUUAAUAAGUAUUUCACUUCAUGCUGUGGUAUUUGUUGACUGAACCAAUCUCGCCACCCACUUCUGUUGGAAAUACCCUCUUACUAGUCAGCAAGGGAAGGUGUCGACAGGAAGACUAGAUGUGUCUGGUACUGGCUUCAAAAGAUGAAGAACGUUUGGUGGAUACUUUAUUCAAAAACUAUAACAAGGUGAUUCGUCCAGUGGAGCAUCACAAGCAUUUUGUAAAUGUUACAGUGGGGCUGCAGCUAAUUCAGCUCAUCAACGUGGAUGAAGUAAAUCAAAUUGUGGAAACAAAUGUGCGCCUAAGGCAGCAAUGGGUUGAUGUAAAGCUUCGCUGGAAUCCAUCUGAUUAUGGUGGAAUUAAAAGGAUCAGGGUGCCUUCCUCUGACAUUUGGCUGCCAGAUAUUGUUCUGUACAACAAUGCUGAUGGUGAUUUUGCGAUUGUUCACAUGACCAAAGUCCUUUUGGAGUACACAGGGAAAAUACUCUGGACGCCUCCGGCAAUUUUCAAAAGCUAUUGUGAAAUCAUUGUAACACAUUUCCCAUUUGAUCAACAAAACUGUAGCAUGAAGCUGGGAAUCUGGACGUAUGAUGGUACAAAAGUUUCCAUAUCUCCGGAAAGUGACCGCCCAGAUUUGAGUACCUUCAUGGAGAGUGGAGAGUGGAUCAUGAAGGAUUAUCGAAAUUGGAAGCACUGGGUGUAUUAUACCUGCUGUCCUGAGACUCCCUACCUGGAUAUCACCUACCACUUCAUCAUGCAGCGUAUUCCUCUUUAUUUUGUUGUGAAUGUCAUCAUUCCUUGUCUCCUCUUUUCCUUCUUAACUGGAUUAGUAUUUUACUUGCCGACUGAUUCAGGUGAGAAGAUGACUUUGAGUAUUUCAGUUCUGCUGUCUCUGACUGUGUUCCUUCUUGUUAUUGUUGAGUUGAUCCCUUCAACUUCCAGUGCAGUGCCUUUGAUUGGCAAAUACAUGCUUUUUACAAUGAUUUUUGUCAUCAGUUCAAUCGUCAUUACUGUUGUUGUAAUUAAUACUCACCAUCGCUCACCAAGUACACAUACUAUGCCACAGUGGGUACGAAAGAUUUUUAUUGAUACUAUACCCAAUGUUAUGUUUUUCUCAACAAUGAAACGAACGGCUAAGGAGAAGCAAGAGAAAAAGAUAUUUACUGAGGACAUUGAUAUCUCUGACAUUUCUGGAAAGCAAGUGACAGGAAAUGUAAUUUUCCAAACACCUCUUAUUAAGAACCCGGAUGUCAAAAGUGCAAUUGAGGGAGUCAAAUAUAUUGCAGAGCACAUGAAGUCUGAUCAGGAAUCAAACAAUGCUGCAGAGGAAUGGAAAUAUGUUGCAAUGGUGAUUGAUCAUAUUCUGCUGGGUGUCUUCAUGUUGGUUUGUAUUACUGGCACAGUUAGUGUGUUUGCUAGCCGGCUCAUUGAACUCAAUCAGCAGGGCUAAGUCAUCACGGUGAACAAACAAUGCAAUACUGGAUUAUCGAUCCACAGAGAAGAUCCAUAGGUUUAGUGUUGCAGUUGUAGUCUGUUCUACAAAAUAUAUUGUUUGCUUUAUUUUAGAAUGAAAUGUACUUAGGGUAUUUGAAUACAUAAAAGAUGUAAUUAAUAAACAACAUAUAAUCAUUAGUAAACACAAAGUACACUGCAGAUGCUGUGGUCAAAUCAACACGUACAACACGCUGGAGGAACUCAGCAGGUCGGGUAGCAUCUGUGGAAAUG